AUGAAGGCCAAGUUUUGCAACCCAGAUGUUAUCACAUACAAGCAGGCAGUCCUCCCCGACAUCGUCACUUUCUCGACACUAGUGGAAGGAUACUGUAAUGCUGGACUGGUGGAUGACGCCAAGAGGCUUCUGGAAGAGAUGGUUGCCAGUGACUGCUCUCCGGACGUGUAUACCUACACAAGCCUGGUCGACGGUUUCUGCAAAGUCAGAAGAUUGGUGGAGGUGCGCAGAGUUCUCAAGCGAAUGGCCAAGCGGGGAUGCCAGCCCAACGUGGUGACUUACACCGCUCUCAUUGACGCGUUCUGCAGAGCUGGGAAGCCGACGGUGGCUUACAAGCUGCUGGAGGAGAUGUGGUUAUAUCAUCACCCACCACAUCUUGCAGUGAGUGCCAAACUGGUAACCCAUGCUAUCUCUCGCGUCAGGCUGUGUAGAACAGGGAGAAUGAGUGCAGUUCUGGAGCUUCUCGAGGCCAUCAAGCAGAGUGGCACGCCUCCUCACCACAAUAUCUAUGUGGCGUUGAUCAGGGGGCUAUCAUUUGGCUUGGGCUGCGUGAAUGCUGCCACCAGCAAGCUGAUCCAGUGGAUGAAGCUGGAGUUGGAUGAUUCUAGCUGGAGUUUCAUUCUCUAG